AUGUUGAAUUGGGGGGGCUGGGGAAAUGUACCUGAAAUAGUUGAAGAAAUUAAAGAUUUCAAACAUGCAGCUUUAUCAAUUUUGCCAAGUAUUGAAUCAGUUACGUUUUUGGAUUUAUUACAAAUGAUUCACGAUUAUAAGCUUAAAGAAUCGUAUUUAAAUAUUGAAAUUGCUAUAAGGAUUUUUCUCUCAAUGCCCGUUACAACAGCUUCAUGUGAAAGGAGUUUCAGCAAACUUAAAUUGAUAAAAACAUACUUAAGAUCUACAAUGGCUCAAGAGAGAUUAUCAAGCAUGGCCAUACUUUCAAUAGAAACAGAAAUCGCUAGUAAAUUGGAUUACGAAGAAGUUAUUGACAAAUUUGCCGACACAAAAGCAAGGAAAAUAUCGUUAUAA